AUGACGGCAGAUAUGGACAUCGACUUCACGCGUCGCAACAAGAAGCCGCGCCCGCUAUCCGAGCCCGAGAAAGAGAAGCUGGACGAGUUCAUUGACGCGAUCCAUUACUCGUCAAGGUACUCGGAUGAGGAAUACGAAUACCGUCAUGUGCAGCUCCCGAAGCAGAUGCUGAAGGCCAUUCCCAAGGAUUACUUCGAUGGCGCGCGGGGAACACUGAAGCUGUUGUGGGAGGAAGAGUGGAGGGCACUGGGAAUCACACAGAGUUUGGGCUGGGAGCACUACGAAGUCCACGAGCCAGAACCACACAUUCUUCUCUUCAAGCGACCGAUCAAUUAUCAGCCCCCAAUGCAUUAA